ACUUUUUUAUUUGUUUUGUGUUAAAUUUGUUCAAAAUAUGUCGACUCGUUUAAGUUUUGACGAUGGUGAUCAAAAUACCAAUCCAAGAAUAAUGACAUUUCGUCCCAGCUAUGAGGAGUUUAAAAACUUUGCCGAUUACAUAGCGUACAUGGAAUCACGUGGAGCCCAUAAGGCCGGCCUCGUUAAAAUUAUUCCUCCCGUUGAGUGGAUUCCGCGCAAAUCGGGCUACGAUAUUGAGAACAUAAAUAUGACAAUCCCAGCACCGAUUAAUCAGGUCGUUACGGGAGCACAUGGAGUUUAUCAGCAAUUCAACAUUCAACAGAGACGUCAAAUGACAUUGCGUCAAUUUAGGGACAAGGCCAAUUCGGAGAUGUUUCAGACGCCGCGCCACAUUGACUACGAAGAUUUGGAGCGCAAGUAUUGGAAGAACAUCACAUAUAUAUCGCCAGAUUAUGCUGCCGAUGUCAAGGGUUCACUAAGUGAUGAAGAUUUGGACGUAUGGAAUAUUGGACGUCUGGACACUAUCCUGAAUUUGGUUAAUACCGAUUAUGGUAUCGAAAUCGAUGGCGUUAAUACAGCUUAUUUGUACUUCGGAAUGUGGAAGAGCUCCUUUGCCUGGCACACCGAGGAUAUGGAUUUAUAUUCCAUCAAUUAUUUACAUUUUGGUGCCCCAAAAACUUGGUAUGCCAUACCGCCAGCCCAUGGCAGACGCUUGGAAAAGUUGGCCAACAGUCUUUUCAAUGAGAACCAUCAGGAAUGCAAUGCCUACUUGCGUCACAAGAUGACCAUGAUCAGUCCGAAGGUUUUGCGUCAGCACAAUAUACCGUACAAUAAGAUUACACAGGAGGCAGGCGAAAUAAUGAUCACGUUUCCUUUUGGCUAUCAUGCUGGAUUCAAUCAUGGCUUCAAUGGUGCCGAGUCCACAAAUUUCGCCUCAAAACGUUGGAUCGAGUAUGGGAAACGUGCCAGCAUUUGUAAAUGCCGUAGUGAUAUGGUUAAAAUAUCCAUGGAGACAUUUGUGCGUCACUUUCAGCCAGAACGCUAUCAGAACUGGCUGCGAGGCGAAGACUACGGCAACCACCCGGAGGAGCCUGGCAAAAUAUGCGCUGCAGCGGCACCCACUAUUAAUGAGUACAAAAUGAUUGAAGAAAGAACGCAGUUAUCGAAAUUGAAGGGCAAUUCUGCUCAAAAGCGUGGCUGCUCUAUGCCCAACGAUAUUGAAGAAGCCAAUGAUGACGAUGACAAAGCAAGCGUGGCCAGCAGCAGUUUGAACACGAAGCAAGUCAUGGUCAAGCUACGCAAAAUGCCAAUGCCAGCUUCAAAUGAAGCUACUAGCGACGAAAAAGCUGCGCCUUCGAGUUCAGCUGCCAUAACCAAAGAGAAAUAUGAUUUCAAUUCAAUUGCAGUUGUGCGUGUGAAGCGACUAUGGAACGCUUUACCAUGCACGGAGAACGGCACAAAUCUACUCCCAAACGGAGUUGUUAAAAAUACGAAACGUAUGCGCUUUCAGACAAAAGUGCUGACACUGGACGACGAUGAAUAAGUAUGCCAGAAAGUCGGCAUACUCCACAAUCAUAUCGAUCUCCGUUGUUAGUAGCUUUAUAAUUACAGACUCAAUCAAAGAUAUUCUAUAAGUUAGCUAAAUAACAAGGACAAAUGCGGAUUUUUCUAUAUUUUAAUACAUUUAUAAAGAAAUCACAUUCUGGACCUUGUAAGAAACCGAUAAUAAAAUGACCAUUGAU